UUUGUUUAUCAGUAUUUAUUUACUUUUUUCAGGUGGUGAAAAAAUAGAAGGAAAACAAGUGCGAGAAAUGCGCCAGCUUGUGGCUACUAUGGUUAAAAGUCACCCUGAACGUUAUGAUGAGGCAGUAUUGGAACAGUCCAACACUAAAUACUGUGAAUGGAUCUUGAAGGAUACAUCAUGGGGUGGAGCAAUUGAACUUUCCAUCUUUAGCCAAUAUUAUGAGAUGGAAAUUGUUGCCCUAGAUGCCAAGACUGGCAUUUUGAAUAGAUUUGGUGAAGAUAAGAAAUAUGAUUACAGAAUGAUCGUUAUGUAUGAUGGCAUUCAUUAUGAUCCUGUUUAUAUGGAAACUUUUGAGGGAGACUGUGUUUUUAUAUAUCCAAGUAGUGAUGACUCUGUAUUGGAGCAGGCACAGGAGAUGGCAACUGAAGCAAAGCAGAGUGGACAAUAUACAGAUACAAAUGCAUUUCGACUUGAGUGUAAACAAUGUGGUACCAUUAUGAGAGAAGACCAAGCACUUGUCCAUGCAAAGGAAACUAGCCACAGCAAGUUUGAAGAAGUGCAUCAUAAAUGAUGUUACUAUUACCUUAGUUUAAUUUGAUUAUGUAUGUAUUGAUUUUAUUUAUAAUCUAAACCUUUUUAAAAUUACUUGUGAAUAUGCCAGCCAAAAGUUUGAGGUUUGAGAAAUCCAGAAGCAAUGAUCUGAAGAUUAGCCUCUUUCUCAUGAGGAGUUUUAACCUUUAAAGAGAGUUAAGAAAGAAACUGCAGUUCUGGGAACUAUUAAGUCACACAUCACAUGGUAUAUGUACAACCACUUCAGUUUAGGCUCAGUCAUAAUCAGAUUGCAUGACUAAUCCUCACAUCUUCAGCCACAUACACAACAAAAAUAAGAGCUCUGUCCUUUACUUGCUCACUAGAGAGAUGAGUGCCUUUU